GGAAAUAUCAUAUUCGCGUGACAGGCGCCUUCAAAUAGACAGCCAGGUAGUCUCGUCAGCGUCAGACCAUUUGCCUUGCUUUCUCUUGCUCGGGGGGCGCUUUGACUUCUGCAAAAUUUACAGGGAGGGGGGAGAAGAAAGUUGAGGGACAGGGACGAUGUGGUUUUUUGGCAGUAAAGGGCCAUCUGGGUUCUCAUGUUAUUCCACAGCCGAGGAAGUUACCGAUGGGAUCGACGGAACUGGCCUCACUGCCAUCGUUACAGGAGCAUCAAGUGGUAUUGGCACUGAAACUGCGCGCGUUCUUGCACUGCGUGGUGUCCAUGUUAUCAUGGGGGUCAGAAAUGUGGCUACUGGUACAGUGGUCAAAGACACUAUUGUUAAGGAAAUUCCUGCUGCCAAAGUUGAUGUGUUGGAAUUGGAUCUCAGCUCAAUGGCAUCUGUAAAGAAAUUUGCAUCCGACAUUAAUUCCUCAGGCCGCGCUCUGAACAUCUUAGUUAACAAUGCAGGAGUAAUGGGGAUCCCUUUCACACUUUCUAAGGACAAUAUUGAACUGCAGUUUGCAACAAAUCACAUAGGCCAUUUUCUUUUGACAAAUCUAUUGUUGGACGCCAUGAAAAGAACAGCUCAUGAAAGUGGCAAAGAAGGAAGGAUUGUCAAUGUUUCCUCAGACUUUCACCGGAUUUCUUAUCAUGAAGGAAUUCGUUUCGAUAAAAUCAAUGAUCAAUCAGGGUACAACAGUUACUUGGCAUAUGGACAAUCAAAGCUUGCUAACCUUUUGCAUGCUAAUGAGCUUGCAAGGCAAUUAAAGGAAGAUGGAGCAGAAAUAACUGCAAAUUCACUUCAUCCGGGAGUAGUUGCUACCAAUAUUAUACGCAGCAAAAGCAUUUUCGCUGGUAUUGUUAACAAGUUUGGUAAAUAUGUGUUCAGAAACGUUCAACAGGGGGCGGCAACAACAUGUUAUUUGGCGUUGAAUCCACAGGUGAAGGGGAUUAGUGGUGAAUACUUCGUGGAUUGUAACUUGGCGAAAGCAAGUUGGCGGGGAACAGAUGUUGAGUUGGGAAAGAAACUUUGGGAUUUCAGCAUGAAUUUGGUUAAGUAAUGCACCUAAAAAUUAUAUAAGUAAGAGCAUGAUUGCAUGCUUAAGGACUGAAGUCUUCCUUGAACUCUUUUUUUUUUAAAAGAAAUAGAAAAUAUCAUAUUGUGUUUUGGAUUUUU